AUGUCUUCUCGCAGUCCGUUGCUCUGCGUUGUAGCGUUUACAGCUCUGCUGAUGAACGAAGUGCAGGCGCUCACCAAGGGCCAUGACUUGUCGUCCGUCCGGCUCGUGGAGAAGGAACAGGGAGCAGUUUGGUACAAUACGAAGGGCAAGGGGACUCCAAUCGAAGACAUCCUCGGUUCUGGUGGCAUGGACAGCGUCCGACUUCGUACCUGGACGAGCACGCUUCUCCAAGGCGGGCUGGGCUACAAGAUCUACCUCGACAUGCACUUCUCCGACACGUGGGCCGACCCCACCAAGCAGGCCACGCCCACGUCCUUCAACGCCGCGUCGGUCACCACGCUGGCCGCCAGCGCCAGGGCCUACGUGUCAUCCACACUCAAGUCGUUCACCGCCGCCGGCGUGACGCUCGACAUCGUGUCGCUCGGCAACGAGAUCACCUACGGCUUCAUGUGGCCGACCGGCAAGAUCUCGUCGGGCAACUACGCCAACUUCGCCACGCUCUGGAAGGCGGCGCGUCAGGGCGUGAACGACGCCGUGGCCGCCGGCACGCCCAAGCCCAAGGUCAUGAUCCACAUCGACAACGGCUGGAAGUACACGACCGUGUCGAGCUUCUUCAGUGGGCUCUUCGCGACCGGCACGGUGUCUACCAGCGACGUGGACGUGUUCGGGUUCUCGUUCUACCCGAUCUCGGCGCUCAACACCUCGCUGACACAAAUUGCGGGUGAAUACAACAAACCGCUCUACAACGUCUCGCUGAGUGCGGACUACCCCGUGAGCCCCGAGGGCCAAGUGCAGUGGGUGAAGGCUAUUGAGGAAGUGCUUGAAGGAUUGCCGAAUGGUCUGGGCGCUGGUAUUUACUACUGGGAACCCGCGUACAUCAAGGUGGCGAGUCUGGGCAGCUCGUGCCAGUCGGCGCUUCUGUUCGAUGUAGACUGGGGCAAUGCGUCCCAGGCGAACGCUACUGCGCUCUCGUCCGUCGACAUGUUUGCCUAG